CGGAAAAAAUGCAUUUUCACUUACUUUCUCGACAGAAAUACCUAAUGGAACAUCUCCAUCGUAUUUCAAAGUGACUCAACUAGUUUAUGUGUUUACUAGUGAUUAUUAUUAUACAAUUUAAACAACAUUCAACGAGUUGAAUAAAAUAAAACCGAAGAAGGAGAAAGUAUCAAAAUGAGUGAAGUACAAGAAGCCCAACGAUUGACUAAAAACAAGAGUAAUUGUAAAAGUCAGAUACAGAAGUUUUACGCUGGCAAGCAUAUAUUACUUACUGGAUGUACUGGUUACCUUGGCACUCUUAUUUUGGAAAAAAUUUUGCAUACAUGUACUGAAAUUGGUAAACUUUAUAUUCUGGUCCGAGAGAAAGUAAACAUGACAAUUGAAGACCGACUGAAAAAACUCUUUGAAAAUGAGGUAUUUGACAGAUUACGUGAAUCAAAUCCAAAUUAUAUGGAAAAGAUCGUGCUGAUUUACGGUGAUCUAAGUAAAGACGACUUGAGUCUCUCACCCGAAAAUCGUCGAUAUCUGAUAGAGAACGUGAAUAUAAUAAUUCACAAUGCAUCGAUCGUGCGAUAUGAUAUAAAACCGUCCCAUGUUUUGCGAACAAACGUGAUUGGCACAGACAAAUUACUGCAACUUGCAACGGAAUGUCCUCAUUUAGAGAUAUUCACGUAUGUCUCAACAGCGUAUAGUCAUCCUUACAAAAUAAUAAAGGAAGAAAAGUUUUACCCACCUCCGGCUGAUCUGAAGCUCGUUGAAGACGUGAUAAAAGCCGAUGAAGAGAAUGAAGCUGGAAUUACAGAUGAAGCGAUACGCGACAUCACAGGAGACUGGCUGAAUUUGUACCCUUUUAGCAAAGCCACCGCUGAAGGUCUAGUCGAAGCUUACGGCAGAAAGAGGUCUCUUCCCUGUAUAGUGUACAGGCCUUCUAUCAUUAUAGGAGCGUACAACGAACCAAUUCCAGGAUGGAUCGGAAACAGAAAUGGCCCUGUAGUAUUAUUUAGAGCACUAAGAGGAGGUUUCAUGCAUGUGUUACAGUGUGAUGAGAAUGAAUGCAGUAUGGAUCUAAUUCCGGUUGACAUGGUAGUUAAUAGUCUCUUGGCAUCGAUAUGGGACUAUGUUGUAAAUAGAGAAACGCACGAACCACAAGUAUAUAAUUAUGGAUCUAGUGAUUGGAAUCGUCUUAGCAAUAAAAAACUGCAGGAGUAUGGAAUGGAAAUAUCACACACAUAUCCAUCGACUGAAAUGAUUUGGUAUCCGUUCGUGUUGCAGAUUAAUAAUUUUUACGCUUUUGCUAUAUUAUUUACACUAUUUAGUAUUAUUCCUGGUAUACUGGCAGACCUAAUCUUCUUGCUUCGGUGGAAGAAACCAAUAUUUACAACUAUACUAAAGACUGCAAUUUUAAAUUACGCGACGCUAAAACGAUAUCUGAUUCCUGAACGGAUUUUAAAAACAGAUAAUUUAAAAAGAGUUGUAAGUCUUGCUAAUUCAGCCGAUAUGAAAGAGUUUUUCUUUGAUUUAUCAGCGUUAGACUGGUAUCAAACUUUUCAAGUAAAUAACAAAGGUUUACGAAAAUUAUUGAAGGAACCAUUAGAACCGUCUCCUGCCGCAUUGCGGAAACAUCGAAAUUUGAAGAUACUACAUUAUACGGUUCUCAGUUUAGUUGUACUCUUUUUACUGAAUUUUUUCUGCAGAAUAACAUGUAAUAUUUUCUCAUUGUUUGCGUAAUAAAUACAACAUAAAGGAUCCUA